UCCUGUGAAUUGAAAAAAAAAGAUUCCACAAAAUUUCCUUUUGAUCAAAUUUCCAUCUAUCAAUUUUCCGUUGACGAAAUUUCUUUCAAACAAAGUUCCGGUAACUAAUGUUAUAUAUUUAAAAAAUAAAUAAAUUCAUAUUACGUUAGUUAUCAUUAUGCUAUGUAAUAAAUAAAUCACAAAUAACAAGUUUAUAUAUUUAAUGUUCUACAGCUCUGUUUGUAAUUCUAAAAAAAUAAAUUUACCUUUAACAAAGAAUAUACCUUUAAAAAUAAUAAAUUUUUCCCAAUUUAAAAUAAUUAAUGAAUGCAUUUCAGGAUUGUUACUUUGUAGGGGUUGUGAGACUUAGUACAACAAUUUGUUAAAGAUGUGAGAUUUAGUCAUGUGAUAUAGUUUGGGAAACCCUGUCAUAGGUCAUAGGCUUUUUACGGUCAGAUGAUGAACAUCUUGUACAUUAAUUUGUUAAAUAUCUACAGUUAUACUAAAUAUAGGCCUUUACUGUCAAUCAGUAACAACCCGCUGAAACAAAAUCAGCUCUUUGUGUCUUUGGCUCACAAAUCAUAAGUGGAUAUUUUAAUCUGCUAAUUACGCCCUAAACCUUAGAUUCUAAGUUAGAAGGUCAAUUUUUUAAAUACUUGGGCCUAUUCUUUUUUCAAUAUAAAAUAUUAGUAAAUGUAAUCAUUUCAAGCUGGAGUCUGGCUAGACUAUAAAGGCUAUAAUACUAUAUGAUAUAUAUAACUAUAUAUUUAGAUUUUAAAUAAUAUUAUACUAGGGUAAAAUAAACUUAAAGAAUUUUAGAAUACUGGUAUCUCAUUUUUGCAUGUAAAUUUUUUACAUCCUUCAGUUUUUAGCCCGUUCUUCAAACUUUCAUUCUCAAAGCUUUGUGUAAUACACCAUAUAUUUUACAAGCUGGUGGCUACACUACAAGCUUAAGAUGUCAAGAGGUAAUUUUUCAUAAACUAUUGAAAUUUAUUUUCUUGUAAGAACUAUGUUAUUAAAAAAGGUUAUUUAUAAUGUUCUGUAGAUAGUAUGUGUUACUUAGUUUAAUCUAUUUCUACACAGACAGGAAGGCUUGCAAUUAUUUUAUUAUUCUUGCCCAUUUCAAAAAAUGGAGAUGUUUGAAUUCCACCAAAAUCUCAUUGCCUUCUUUCUUAGGCUUGAUAAAAAUCCAGUAUAAACUUAUUCAAGUUGAAAUCUUAAAGUUUUAGGAUAUAAUAAAAUAGUGAGUGGAGAAAAAAAAAAUUUUUUUUUUAGAACUGUAAUGAGUUUAAAAUGAGCAUCUGCAUUCACAUAUGGAAAUUAAUAGAUGUAUUUUUUUUAUUAUGUCUUCUAUAUCUUUGAUUCUUUACGAUUAAUUAAAUUUUUAAUUUUAGCAGAUGGAAACAUACAACCACCAAGUUAUGAAGAUGCAGUGAGAUCUGAACCACGACCCACAUUGGGCUCCGGUUAUGAUAAUGCUCAAAUCCCUCAUGCCCACCCACCACAACCUCCUGUUUCGGUAAUGCCCAUGGUUUUUGAGAUCCCUUCAUGUCCCCCACCAGAGCCAGCUGGCACAUCAGGGGUACAGUCGCCAUGUGCCCCUUACCCCCAGUACCCACUCACCCCUGACCCAAACAGGUUGUCCUAUCCAGCACAUACUGACCAGUUCUCUUACGGUCAGCCUCCUCAUCCAUUCUAUGUGCAGACCCAACCUGUGCAAUACAGUCAACCUUAUGGUCAGCAUUUCACUGGUCAGCCACAUCAACCAGCUCAUUAUACCUAUAAUACUGUAAGUAAAUUGUUUUUUAUUGCAAGCCUUUUCAAGUUUGAAAUAAUAUCAGAUCAGGUUUCUCCUAAAUAUAACAAGAUCGGCUUCUAAAUUUUCCUUUAUGCCAUUAGAGUUAUAUAAUUUAAAGUAUUAGCCGUGUACACAUGACUUUGUUAUAGAAAAGAGAAAAAAAAAUGCUCUAUAAUGUACAUAAAGAAUGUAACAGAUUAUAAUAUUAUGUUUUGUAUAUUCUUGUUUGAAAAAUGAGAUAAAUGCUUUAGAAUUCUGACCUGAGCUCACACAAAUGUGAUUUUAAAAAAUUGAAAAAAAAAGCCAAAGAUAUAAAUUUAGUUGAGCUUUUUUUUUCAUCUUUCUUAAUUAGGAGUCUUAGAAAAUAUUACUACUUAACCUCAUCAUUAAAAAAAAAAAAUAUUCUAAAAUAAGCUUGUUCAAAUUUUGUUUGAAUAUUCCAGGUUACUGCGGUUCCAACAUGGCAAGGUCAGCAAACGGCACCAUUGGUAAAAAUUUAGUAGUUUCUUUUGAACAUUGCAUGCCAUUUAUACAUUGUUAGUGCACAGUACUUCACAAUAUUUUUUUUCUAUUCGGUGCGCCAAUUUGAGUAAAUUAAAUGACUACAGGCUAAUUAGCAAGCCUUAAAAGUUUUCUCGCAUUCACAUAAUUGUAGGAAAAAAUAUGCUACAAUGCAAUUAAAUUUGAAGCUAGGCCUCGUGCAAUACUCAAAUAAAGUUCACAAAUUUUUGUCAAUGGAAAGCUAAAAGAAAGAUGUACAAAUUUUAAUAUACAAACAUUUGUAGGAAAAAAAAUAAGUAAAAAAUAAUUCACUCAGCAGUAGAAAGGAGACUCAUAGUGGCACACUUUGAAAAUUUGGGCGGUUAGCAAUGUUCCCUUUAAGGUUUGCUGGUUCGUGUGCAAAAUCAUACAGUUGUGUGCAAAGUUUUACAUCAUGAGAUUUUUUGUGUGCAAAAUUUUACAGCCCACAAACACCAACAUACACUUACAUGGAAAUUUGCUGCUCGGAUACUCUGCUGCGUGGUGUCUGUGAGUGAGCUGCGCAGCUGCACAGCUUAAAGGAAACAUUGGCGGUUACAUUACUUGUUGUUGGAUGUAUUUCGCAUGUUAAGAAUUGGAUUAGUUUGUGCCUCAUGGUUUACUUACAUUGUUUGGCUUAAACACAAAAAAUAGAUCUGUAUUACCAGUACUUAAAAGAAAAAAAAUCAAAACAUCAUUUUAUGAUGUAGGCUGGAAUGUAAUUAUUUUUUGUAAUGGAGCAUCAGAGCCAUGUAAUUUUUCCUUAUAAUUUAAAGCAUCACUUAUGUGCAUUCCAAAUUUCCCAGUCAACCAUGAUAUCUCAACCAUCAAGAUGUAACAAGGGCUGACAAUGCAUGGCUUCCUAUGUUUAUUUGUGUAAUCAUGAUGUUCUCCUUACUAUGAGCUAGGCUCCCUGGCUGUCCCACUAACUAUGAGGCUUUUGCCAGGAUGGAAAACUAAGACGGUGAUAAAGCUUUGAAUACAGCCAGUAGGUCAGUCACAUGUGUGUUCACAAUUUUAUCAUGAUCUUAUUAAACCCAUAAUUUGAUUAAAAUCUUUUAAAGUAGAGUUGAUUGUCACCCAAAAUAUCCUAAAAUUUAAAAUAUGAAUGUGUAAUGCAAAAAUGUAAAAUUUACAAUCUAAUGGCAGUGCUGUAAGUUAAAAUCUUAGUUAUAGAUAGCAAAUAAUAACAAAAAUAUUUAAAAUUAAAUAACAUUGAAGCUUUUUAUCUUCAAAAGAUUAUGCUUUGGAAUUGAUGGGUUUUUUUUUCUUGCUGCUUUAUAUUCUAAUUUUUGUAAAUGCUAAAGAUUUUAUAGGAUUGUUUUCAUUUUCUCCAAUAUUUAAAACUAUUUUUUUUAAAUAAUCAAAGGGAAAACACUCAUGCACGCCUUUUUUUUUCUUUUCUAUCAAGGCUUGUCUAAUUUUUUUGUUUGCAUUUUAUUUGUAAUUAUAAUUUUAAUUUUCAACCACUUACAACUAAAGUAAUAUUCUGAAAUGUUGUUCAAGAGCUUGCAGAUGCAUAAAUGUGAAUAAAUUGCACAGAAACAAAGCGUUCGCUUAAAAUAAAUGUAUAGGAUUGAGUCUUUUGAACAUUUAAACUUAAUCUCACACAUGUAAAUCUGAAUCAUGAAUGCAUGGAGAAAAAAUUGAGUCAUUAUAUUAAAUUGAUAAUCAUUUUUUAUUGUAAAUUUUGUCAUUUAAAGUCUCUUAUCUGAGGCAUGAAAUAUUGUAAAGGAAAUGAAAAAAUAAUAUGUAAAUAAAAGUCCUAGAAAGCCUUUGUAAUGAUUAAUAAUAAUAUUGAUCUAUAAAUAACUUGAGGAAAAAUCAAAAUCAGUGCCACCAUGUAUAUAACAAUAGUAAAUCACUGUUAUCAGCAUUAGCUUGGCAUUUUGACCAAUUGUGUAAAUUAACAGUAAACUUCCUUAACUAGCUUGAUACUCUGACAUGGCAUUAGGACCCAUUGUGUACUUUAUAGUAAAUCUCAAUGAUAAAUCUUGGUACCAUACCAUGGCAUUUAGAUCCAUUGUGUACAUCCAGUGUUGAGAAUGUUUUGUCGGUGAUUAAUGGUAGCAAAUAAUUAAUGUCUGAAAGUUUAUUAUCUUUAAAAAAAAUAAUCUAACCACUGUCUAAUGGUUUUCAUUAUUUUAUUAUUUUUUUUUAAACAAUUUGCUUCUAUGUGCACAGCAGCCCCACUUUAAAUUCAAAUGUAAAUCACUAAUUAUGUCUGCGUCAUACAAGUCGAUUGCUUAAACUGUAGAGUUUAUUGCUGAAGGUCUAGAGAUUGACUAAUUAAAUGACUUGUUAUUAUAAUUAUUAAAACCAUAAAAUAAAAAAUUUAACUGAUAAUGUUUUGAUUUUAUGGUCUCAGCUGAUAAAGAUUGUUUUUUAAUGAGUUAUUGAGCUUGUGCUGGCAGCCACUUUCAGACAUUUCUAAAAUAAAUUUUUGACACUAUUCAAGAUACAAUUCUGACACAAAAAAUGUAAGCCAUACAAACUAAUCCAGCUGACUUAAUCUAUAUAUUUUUGUUUUAUUGUUCCCACAGCUCCCAAUCCCAGUCGUCUCCAAUGGAAGGCCUGGGCGACAAACAAAGAUGUGCUUGAUAACUUUUUGUCUCAUUGUUUGUUUUCUCAUCAUCUUUCUCAUCCUCUUCAUAACAGUGUCUACCUCCAUUCGUUCCUAACUCACACUGUAAAAGUGAUUGCCCGAUUUACAAAAUGUCAAUGGAUUCCCAUUGGUGUAAUGUUAUAUAUUUUUAGUGUAUUUCAAAUAAUUUUCAUUUUUCAAUGUUCAAUAUUUUCUAGUCUGUAGAAAUCUUUUUUGUUAUUAUUGAUGUUAAUGUUAAAUGUUUUUAGAUUAGCCGGAAUUUAGUUCCAUAUGUGUAAAUAGCUAAAUUGCAUGGAUAUGUGCAAUGUUAAGCAAGCACCUAUUUAAUUCUCUUUGUUCAAUGAUGUCAUUCUUACUUUUUAUGUAAUGACCUACCCACAAUAACCUUUUCUACAAAAUCUUACACAACUUGAUCUUUGGCAUAUGUUGUAUUUUCUCAAAUCAGCACAAGCAAUAGGAUUUAGAUCCAUAACUUGUAGAUGAUGAGUUUAAAGUUUUAACUGAUCAGCAAGGACUCCACACUGUUUUGAACGUGAUUAAAUAUUUGUCUUUAUCAUGAAGUACUUUAACAGAAACCAGCCCUGAUAUAACCUGACAGAAAAAGAAAAAAAAAUAAGGUACUUUUCAUCCCAAAAUUGACCUGAUUCUUACACGAGCAAUUUUAAGGUAAUAUCUGUGGCUGUGAAAAAUAAUCAUUUUAUUUAUUAUUUGACAUUAAAUGAAAUUCUUUACCAUUUUGUUGACAAACUUGAAUUUAUAUUUUUUUUUAAUAAUUAUUUUUUCAAUUUUUUAUUUAAUAUUGUCUUAUUGUAAGUGGAGUAUUUGUUUUAAGUUGGUGUAGUUAUUUUAAAUGUUAGUUAAAUGAAUGAAAUAGCAAAAAAAAGGAAUGUGGAAGCUUGAAUUAGAGAACAGGACAAAAAAUAAGGACGUUUCGGCAUAAAGCCUUCUCCAGCUAACAAUAGAAAUGAAAAUAUAACAAAGAACAGAGCACAGUAAACCACCCAAGAAGUAUAAUAAUAAUAAAGUUCAUUUCAAAAACACGCUUCAUCCCCAAAGGCUCGAAGCGCGGUACAAAGUCAACAAAAAACAAAUCUAUAAUUUACCACAUUUAAAACAAACGCAACACUACAAAAACUAAGUACAAGCAUACAAUGGCAAAGUCUUUCUAGCCAUUUCAACCAUAAGCAACACAGCCAUUAUGCAUUAACUGGAAAAUAAGGUUGACAAUCAUCCCAGAAGUUGUUUGCGUUUUAAAGGACUCAAGUAUCCAUUGGUGUCGCCGGAAGUGGGAACACAGAGAAAAUAAAUAUUUAUGCUGUGAAAAAUUAGGUCCACAAUAAUAAUGGACCAGAAUAUCCAGGGAUACAUAAACGAAACGUCCUUAUUAUUUGUCCUGUUCUCUAAUUCAAGCUUCCACAUACCUCGUUUUGCUAUUUCAUUCAUAUACUAGGCUUGAAUGCAAUCCUUUAAUUUAUAUUUUCUAAUUAAAUGGAGACUGUUUCAUAGUUCUUCACAUUAGCAUUUUUUUUAAACAUGUCUGUUAGAGUGGCCUCAAACUGAAAGAAGUUUUCAAAAAAUUAUGUUUGAUCGUACUAUAAUGGGCUUGUCCCAUC